CAAUAUUACAUGCAUUUUCUAUGCAAAUACAUGAUCAUUUCUCAGCUUUACCUCUAUGUCAAUUAAAGAAGUAUAUUAAUAACAAUAAUAUCAAUAACAACAAAAGAACAAUUAAUAAAAACUCUACCACCAUUUCACAUCUCGCUAUAUAUAUACAAGCGUUGUACCCUAUAGAGUGAAAUUAAUCAUCCCAAACCUAAAAGGUCAUUGAAUUUUAUUACAUUCUAGUAUAUACUUCAAUAUGGCCGACCAAAAUCAUCCUAAAACAUUGAAAGAAAAAGAAAUAGAGAAGGCAAAAGAAAAAAUCAUGGAACUCGUUGGCUUGCCUCUCUCUAAGAUAAUUCUCCACGGCCAUGAUCAACCGUUUGAGAAAACUAGCCCCGCCGGAAGUACGUUAAUCCCCCGUGUCACGUUUACCAACAUAUUGGUCUACCCCAUCACUACCGAUAUCUUGAUGGAUUCUCAAUCACAUAGGCGUCGUACAAAUAAUACUCAACAUGAUAAUAGAACUAGGGCAGAUAUUAUCGAUAUGGAACUUCACACGGCAGCAACUCGUGGAAGUAUCACCGAGGCCCGAAAGGUAGUUCAUAGAAAGCGAGAGUUGUUGUGGCGCGAGGAUUCCGAAAGAAACCUGCCUUUGCACCUCGCCGUGCAAAAUGGCCAUAAAGAGGUUGCGGUCUACUUGGUUACAGAAUACCCGCAAGCCUCGUAUGCCUUGAAUAACUUGAAUGUCUCACCUCUUUACCUUGCUGUGGUUCAUCGCCCCAAGGACUUGGACUUGGUUGAGAGCAUGUUCCGCGAGUUGCGUAACAAUUCUAGAAACGAUAACAUUCUUGAAAAUUUAAGGAGAGGAAAAUCAAUUGUGCAUGCUGCCAUUAAAGACCAAGAUCAAGGAAUGUUACAAACAAUACUCAAGCAUCAACCUGCUCUAAUCAAGUCCCCCGAUAUAGAAGAAGGAUUAACACCUCUUUCUUAUGCUGCAUUCAAUGGUUUUGUUGAGACGGUUGGCUACAUCCUGGAAAAGUUCCCUGAAACACUACGUAAUAACCGCAACCAAGACAAUUCCUACCCUAUUCACACGGCAUGUUUAGGAGGCCAAGUGGAGAUCUUAAAGAUGUUCUACUCGGAACUCCCUAAAGCGGUGUUUGACACGGAUAGUCAAGGUCGGACGGUACUGCAUCUAGCUGCUAAAGAGCGCGGCAACCGGUUGAAGCAUGUAGUCUCAUACUUGGUGAGCCUACCGGAGGGUAAAGAGCUAAUGAAGAAGAAAGAUGAAAACGAAUUUACACCUUUGGAUUUGGCUAAAAGAAAUAAAAAUCGUGAAGUCGAAGAAGUUAUUAAAACAAGUUAAGCAUGACAAAAUAGAAAGGAUCGACGGAAGCUGUGAAGUUGUGGGAGUAUUAUUCAUUAAACCUUAUACAUGCAACAUAUAAUUUAUUUUUCCCUGUGCUUCCUUAUUUUAAUUUGGGCUUGUAUACAUACCAAUAUAUACUAGUAACAAUAUCUAAUUAUUAAUUAUCUAUUAUAUAUACACUACUCAUGUAUUUUUAGGUUGUA